GUAGAGACCCUCGGGGACUAACAGUCCACCAGCAGAGGCCUCGACCCAGGGGUCAUAAUGUAAAACUUAUACGGUACCAAUUUUGAUGCACCAGAUGCGCAUUUCGACAAAUGAUGUCUCUUCAGUGAUGCUCAACCGAAAUGUUUGAAAUCCGAAAUAACUAUAAAGUUUUAGAUCUAAGUAUAGCCAAAAACAGCGUGCCAAACAAGUGGAGCCAAAUUCGUCCAAGGAUAAGAGCUAUGCAAGAGGGAGAUAAUCCUUAAUUUUGAAAUGAAUUUCGAAAUUUUAUAACAGCAAUUAAAUAUACAUCCGUAUUUUCAAGCUAGUAACGAAGUACUUAGCUACUGGGCUGUAGAGACCCUCGGGGACUAGCAGUUCACCAGCAGAGGCCUCGACCCAGGGGUCAUAAUGUAAAACUUAUACGAUUAUUCUACUUAUCAUUUGUAUGGGAAUUGAAGAUCACCAAGUGGCAGGGAUGUUGAAAAAAUAACAGUGAAUGAAAUGGAGAACACAAUUAAGCGUCAAAUACUAUACCUUUGUUCAUGGAAUUUCCAGACUACCAGACUACUGAUAUCAAUAGCUCUUUUAUUCGGUGUAUGCGGUUACACGUGGUUUGAGGCACAAAAUGAAUGUCGUUUAGUCGGAGAAACUCUUGGCUUGAGACCUCAUACGAUCGAACCUUUCUGGACCAGCCUCCAUAAACGUCGAUCUUUAUGGAUGCAAAAUCUUGGAUGCUACAAAUACUCUGAUCAGGAUCCUGCUCUGAAAGACGGUGAUGUCUUUGAUAUGACUCAUUACGCUUCAGCUGGUCUAUGCCAAGAGCUCUGUAUGGAACAAAACAAAAAGUUUUCAUUUUUAUUUGGUAUUAAGGAUCAAAACUGUUUCUGCUUUAAAUACGACAUAUUACCUCUCCUGAACAGCUGCAAUAGUCGGUGUAAGGGAACCUGCAGUUCUGGGAAUGGAUCAAAUUGUUCCAAAUAUCGCACAUAUUUGUCUGUUGGAGGACAAAGGAAUGACAGAUUUCCCGCUGCCUAUCCUGGCUGUAUUGUCAUACAGUGCAUUGAUUAUAUAAGCUACAAGGUUCGACGUUGUGAAUCGAAUUUUACUACAGCUUGUGAAAUACAAGAUUCCAUCAAUCAAGUUUAUCAUUCAAAUCCGGUAAAUUUCGUCUUGAAAUACAAGGAGGUGCAAAAUCCCUCUAACUACUUUGGAAAAGACGUUGAAUAUUUUUUCCAGAAUACAUGUAAAUCAAUGUUAAACAACAACAACCAACCAGUGUGGAUUGCAUUCUCAAGGGAGAAUUACACUCGUUUUGAUAAAGGGGAAAUGUUAUCCGAUGUCGACAAACGAAACACCAUGACCUGUCAGCUUUGUAAAGAUGGUUGCCGAUUCGGUGAUUGCAAUUUUGAGGUAGACGAAGCAGAGUGUUCGGAGACUAUAGUGACUAAGGAGACUAGCAUGAAAUCAACUCUGAAAAUGACAGUCACAAAACCCAGCUUUUCGAAAACCGACGGUUUCUCAAAAACCCCAAAUGAAACAAGAGAAACAAAAGGAAGGGAGACGACUGAAAACGUGUCAGGGCUUUCUCAUAAUUAUUCUGACCAAACAUUGUCCUACAUAUUGGCGACAACGACAUCAACAAACAACGACAGAAAAUCGCUUUCAACUAUGUUCUUGGGUGUUCUUGCACUAUGCUUGGUAGUUGCAACAAGUUUGGUGUGCUUAGGAUUGACAGUCUUUUGCAUAAGGAAACGAACAUCAGCUAAAACUGAAAGAACAGAAAGACGCAAAGCACCAUCAACUGGAAAAAUAAAGCCAAUCCCUACAAAGGAUUCAAAGAUGGACACAUUAGCCGAACUUAAAACCUCCGCAUAUGCAUUGGCAGACAACAGCAGAUUUGAACAAAAUUGUGCCAAUGAAAAGGUUGACAACAGCAGAUUUGAAGAGUGUGUCUAUGACGUGGCAGACAACAGCAAGCUUAAAGAGGAAAGUCCCUAUUCUGAAGGGGGAGAAGGACACUAUGACCAUCUCAGGGACACGACUUCUAGAAGACAAGUAGAUGAAGAUACAUAUAACCAUAUCGCACCUGCAGGAUACGCCACCAUUUCCGAAUAUGAUGUAAUGCGAAAAAAGGAAAAUGACCAAUACCGUCAAUCACAAUUCCCGACUAACAAUUAUGCACAUGCUUAUAGCUGUGUCACCCUGGAGUUGUAUGACAAAAAAUGGAAAUAUUUAAAACCACAGAAAAGGCUUGAAUAGAUAAAGACAAUGAACGAAAAUAUCACUGUGACAGUCGCGAAAGGGGUGAAAAAUAUGGAGGAAAUUGCACAUUUCAAGACAAGAUACACUCCGUCAACAUAAUUAUGAACACUUUUGCUUGCAAUAAAAGUGCCCUUGAGAACAACAUUAUAGUAUGCUUGACUUGCACACAAAAAGUUGUACAUGUCAAAUACAUGUAGGACAUUCCUAACUUAGAGUUACAAACUUCUAUAGUGUGACAGACAGACAGACAGAUUAGAGAUCGUAUAUAAAUUCAAUGUUCGUCGUAUAAUGCAAUGUUUAUUCUUUUUAUUAAAUUACAAUUAUGAAA